GGGAGGAAACAGGAAUAAAGACACUCUGCUCUCCCUGAAGAAAGCAUAGAGAAGACAUCCACUAUGUGCUUACUCUUGUCUCUUGAUAUAAUCUUUGGAUCACUACAAACUAUUUUUUGUCCUUCCUGGGUUGAGAGACUGCCUACAUCAGGGACCUAUAUUUCUGUGUACUGACCAUUGAUACUACUGAAGAAGUAUUAUUUUCUGCUAGUUUUCAUGAUAACCUUGCUUUUCUCUCCCUCUGCCUGUCUCUUGUUGAAAUACCUCUUUUAUACACUCAUCUCAGCUCUCCCGGAAGCAUCUGCAUAGUAGUCGGCAGCACUGUACUUGACUCAACAACUCGACACGGUACGACAGUAGGCCACCCGAUAGCGACUGAUUCCCAUGCACCAUGCCGUUCAAUCCAUUCAAGAGUCACGAUCGCAGUGAUUUCCCCGGCGUCGUGGUGCCCAUCACCAGCUUCCCUGCGCACCGACCUCACUCCCCGGCUCAUGCCCACACAGGCUCUGACAGUGAGAAAAAGAGUACCGACGACGCCAGGAGCGAGGCAGCUGCCUCGCUGCCAGAGUGCGGCCAGAUGCUCUCCGUAAAGGCUCUGCGUGCCGAGGUCGAGUCGGACAUUGCUACCUCGGGGCAUGACUCUGCCUAUGAUCGUAAAGCAAAGGUGAUCAACCGGGCGAUCCAGGACAUCGGAAUGGGUCGGUAUCAGUGGGAGCUGUUUGUCCUCUGUGGAUUUGGAUGGCUGGCAGAUAAUCUAUGGCUGCAGGGAGUCGCCUUGACCCUCCCCCAGCUCGAACUCGAGUUCGGCGUGUCGGAGUCGCGCGUCCGAUUCACCACCUGCGCCCUCUUCCUCGGUCUGUGCUUGGGGGCUUCGUUUUGGGGCACUGCUUCGGACAUUAUCGGUCGUCGCUUGGCCUUCAACAUGACCCUGUUCAUCUGUGGAACAUUUGGUCUGGCGGCGGGGGGCAGUCCAACAUGGAUCGGAGUCUGCGCCCUGUUCUCCUGUAUGGGUCUUGGAGUCGGUGGGAAUCUUCCAGUGGAUGGAGCGCUUUUCCUGGAAUUUCUCCCCUUUGCUUCGGGCAAUCUUCUGACUAUGCUGAGUGUGUGGUGGCCUGUUGGCCAGCUCAUAGCAAGUCUUCUCGCCUGGGCCUAUAUCCCCAACUACACAUGUGCCAGCAACCUUCCCUCCUGCCACAAGGUGGCUGCGGGAGUCGCCUGCUGUAGCAAGCAGGACAACAUGGGCUGGCGGUACCUGGUCUUGACGCUCGGCGCGCUGACCUUCACCAUGUUUCUAUGCCGCUUCGUCCUCUUCCACCUGUACGAGUCGCCCAAGUUCCUGCUCUCUCGCGGCCGGCAGGAUGAGGCUGUUGCGGCCGUGCACGGCAUUGCGUACAAGAACAAAGCCACUACGUGGUUGACGGUCAACAUCCUCAACGAGAUCGGUGGAUAUCCCGAGGAGACGCCGAACCAGACGCUGUCCACCAUGCAGAUCGUCCGGCGGUCGGUGUCCAAGUUCUCCUUUGAGCGUGUCGGACCUCUCUUUGCCACGAAACGACUCGGGUUUACCACCAUCCUUCUCUGGUUCUGCUGGGCGACCAUCGGAAUGGGCUACCCGCUCUUCAAUGCCUUCCUGCCCCAAUAUUUGAGCAAAUCCGGCAACGGAGGCACGACGUCGACCUACAUUGUCUACCGCAACUACGCCAUCACCUCGGUCGUGGGCCUCCCCGGAUCCAUCCUGGCCUGUUUUCUCGUCGACAUGCGCUACCUCGGCCGGAAGGGGACCAUGGCCAUCGCCACGCUGAUCACGGGAAUCAUACUCUUCUGUUUCACGGCCUCCACCAACUCCAACACCCAGCUCGUCUGUUCCUCGCUCGAGGCCUUCUUCCAGAAUAUCAUGUACGGCGUCCUCUACGCAUACACCCCCGAGGUCUUCCCCGCCCCCAACAGGGGCACCGGCACAGGCAUCGCCAGCUGUCUCAAUCGCAUCACUGGCCUGUGUGCGCCCCUCGUCGCCAUCUACGGCGCCAAUGCAAAUCCCAAUGCGCCCAUCUAUGCUUCGGGGGGUUUGAUUCUUGCGGCCUUUGUCGCCAUGUGUCUUCUCCCGAUUGAGACCAGGGGCAAGCAAACUUUGUGAUAGCCCUUGACUAUAUACUGGGUUGAGC